CUCUCCUCCCAUCAUUGCCCAGAGCCGCCCCUUCUCCACUCCAAUGGAACAAGUCGUCUCCUUUCUCCUCCCCCUAAUCCCAUCCCCCCAAGCCUUCAUCUCCACCUCCUUCUUCUCCUUUGCCGCCGGCUUCUUCAUCUUCUCUCUCCUCCUACUCCUCCUCCGCUCCCGCCCAUGGUGCAACUGCGAGGUCUGCCGCGCUUAUCUCAACUCCACAUGGACCGAUCAGUUCGAAAAUCUCUGCGAUUGGUACACUCACCUCCUCCGCCUCUCGCCGACGGGAACCAUUCAUAUUCAUGUGCUGGGGAACACCAUCACCGCCAACCCUGACAACGUUGAGUACAUGCUCAAGACGAAUUUUGACAAUUUUCCGAAAGGCAAGACCUUUUCCUCCAUCCUCGGCGAUCUCCUCGGCCACGGCAUCUUCAACGUCGACGGCGACGCGUGGCGUUUCCAGCGCAAGAUGGCCAGCCUUGAGCUCGGCAGUGUCUCUGUCCGCACCUACGCGUUCGAAAUAGUCGCCGCUGAGAUCCGCGACCGCGUUCUUCCCCUGCUUUCUUCUCUCUCAAGCUCGGUCUCCGCUGCUCCCAUCGAUCUUCAAGAUGUUUUCCGCCGAUUCGCGUUCGACAACAUAUGCAAGAUCUCGUUUGGCCUCGACCCGGCUUGUCUCGACUUGUCUCUCCCUUUAUCAGAGUUUGCAGCGGCGUUUGACAUGGCUUCGAUGAUGUCCGCGCGGCGGGCCGUGGUUGCCGCACCGAUUGUGUGGAAGGUGAAGCGGAUGCUCAAUUUAGGCUCGGAAAAAGAGCUUCGGCGUUCGAUUCGUCUUGUGAAUGAUUUGGCUGAUGAAGUUAUAAGACAGAGAAGGAAGCUCGGGUUCGCCUCCAACCACGACUUGCUUUCCCGGUUCAUGGCUUCGGUUGAUGACGACAAGUACUUGCGCGACAUUGUCAUUAGCUUCCUGCUCGCCGGUCGGGAUACGGUGGCCUCCGGCUUGACUACCUUCUUCCUCGUUAUCUCCCAACACCCAAAUGUGAUAUCCGCCAUUCGCGAAGAGGUGGAUGCCUUCACAAGCGGCAAGACUGCUCUUCCGACUUACGAGGACUUGCGGCGAAUGCACUAUGUCCACGCGGCGCUCUACGAGAGUAUGCGGCUCUUCCCGCCGGUUCAAUUCGACUCCAAGUUCUGCUUAGAGGACGACGUGCUGGCUGAUGGGACUUUUGUAAGAAAGGACACGAGGGUGACCUACCACCCCUACGCCAUGGGAAGGAUGGAAGCUAUUUGGGGGAGUGAUUGCCUUGAUUUCAACCCAGAGAGAUGGCUCCAAGACGGCGUUUUUACGCCGGCGAACCAGUUCAAAUACCCCGUUUUUCAAGGUGGGCUUCGUGUUUGCUUGGGGAAGGAAAUGGCUAUCAUGGAAAUGAAAACGGUGAUUGUCACAAUCCUCCGGGAUUUCAACGUUGAGCCGGUUGAGUCCGACAGGUUGAGCUUAAGACCGAAGUUCGCCGCCGGGCUCACGGCUUCUCUCGCCGGAGGAUUACCGGUUCGAGUGAGCAAGAGGAGAUGAGUGCCGCUAAGUGGCUCGGCGAGACAGGGGAGGCUGGCGCUAGUGGCUGUACAGAUUUUUUUUUUUUUUUCUUGAGAUGUAGUUUAAAAAUUUUCCAUUUUAAUCGAAAAUAAGUCUUGCUCUUCUGUGUAUUUCCUGGUUUCUGUUUCUGAUUGUAGCCAAUUCAUUAAUUAA